AAUUCCGGCACUAAUGUCAACAACCGGAGACAAAAUAGGCCAAGUGUGAUAGUGCACGCGAAUCGACAUGUCCAACAAAGUAUAGACCUAUCGAAAGGUUUAUUUUUAUAUUUUUAAAGAAAUAUAUGCGUGUUUCAAAGAAAUAUGAAGAGAAAAAAAUAUCCACCAUUUCAAUAUUAAUGGAAACAACGUUCUUUGAAGAGGAAAUUCCCUAAAUUGCAAUCGAUUUUAUGCAUGAAUGAUGGCUACUAGUAACUCUAGUACAGAAAAUGGAACAUUAACGGAUACAACUUCCCCUGUACACGACUGUACGGCAAAAGAGGUGUUUUUGAUUGUUUUUAUAGUGAUGGGACUAUUGGGCAACAUUGUCUUGAUCAUUACAUUAGGAUGUAAUAAGAAACAGCGCACGUCUGCCUUGCAGUUGUUUUCGCUAAAUUUGGCAUUUGUGAACUGUUUGGACUGUCUCUCUAAUAUGUCUUUUGCCUUGGUCUCUGCCUUUGGAUCUGUAUCAUGGAGCAGCGAGGACUUUCUUUGUCGUCUGAAUUCGUUUUUCAUGAACCUUACCUGGAUUGAAACCAUUCUUGGACUGAUGUUCAUGACACUAGAUAGAAUGAUGGCUACACGUCACAGUGAAAAAUAUGAGCAAUUUCAGAGCAUGCCACGAUUCAUUAUCAUGCUUAUCUACACCUGGGUACACUCAAUAUCAUUUAGUGCUCCCAUGUUGUUCGGUGCAAUAGAAGUUGAAUUUUACGAAAACGUGAAAAUGUGCAUGAUGGCAAAAAAUGUCUCAAUCAUUUAUACCUUCACAAUAACAUUUGUGUGCUUUCUCAUUCCCAUUAUUGUAUCUGUUAUUUUCUUUUCACUUGCAAUAAAAGUUACAUGCUCAGAUCAUUCUGUCCGUGCCAUGAGAAGUCAAAAUCAAUAUUCCAAAGAACUAGAAGAACCAAAGUUAUUAAAGGAACUUAAUGGUGCAAAGUACACUGGCAUUCUUUUAUUCCUCUGGAUCAUCAUGGAGGUCCCUUUCAUUGGUGCACAGUUAAUUCGAAUGUUUAGAUACAGUGAUGAUUUAAAUAUUAACAGUAGUUUUGAAGUACCAGACAGUUACGCUUUUGAUGUGAGUUUAGUUUGGUUUAGAUUUGGUUUUGUGAUAAUCCUGCCAAUUCUGGCCCUCCUGUGGAAAAAAGAACUCUGGCAACUAUUCAAAAAUAUUAUAUUGUGUAGAAAGUCCAAUCUAAUUGUGGAUUUGGAGUUCAAAGGGGAGAAUCCUCCAAAUCGUGAAAAGUUGGACCUCAAGUACAGUGAUGAUAAAAAACAAACGAAAGAAGAGAAGACAAAGGAUGCAUUUGUGCAUAAUUCAGGCUUCCAGGUUCCUGUUCUUUUUGCAACUUCUCAAGGUGUUCAUAUCAAAACUGGUUCAGAUGAAGAAUCAGAUUUUGAAUAUGAUGACAUUAAAAUUCGAGGAAGGAAGUGUGAUGUAUUGGGAUCCCAGGGAAACCUUCAUGGCUAUGAAUAUGAGACAAGUGAUUACGAUUCCAGUAAUGAACUAGAUCCUUUCUCAGUAUCACACCCAAUAUCUGCAAAGAACUCAGAAGGUAUGCACCCAAGCCUGCAGAAGAGAAGCAGUUCUCACCCAGAGGUUGGAAAAUCAACUAAAACAGUAAAAAGAGACACAGGAACCUCAAAAGUUUCUAUUGCUACAACAUCAGCAGCUGAUUCAGGACUAGACAUGAGCAACAAUCUUGCUACAAAGAGUGGCACAAGCAUUAAGGGACAAGCCAUAGAAAAACCUGAUGAAAACAUGCAACAGGCAGAUGAGCUAAAAAAUUAUGAAAGUGGCAAUAUUAAACUAUGUAACAAAACAGAUUCUGGCUCUUUCAUGGAGUCAAAUAAUGAACAAAGUCAUCCACAAACUUUUCAUAAAAUACCCCUCUCAAACAGAUUGCUCAAGGAGGAUGGUAAUGGAGAAGUUGGUGAUGAAUGUUUGAAAGAUUAUUCCAAACUAGAAAGCGGGAAGUUGGCAAAUAGAAGGUCUGUCAAACUAGAGCCAUUAAAAAGUCCAUUGAAGCAGUUAGAAAAUUCAAAUGCAGGAAAAUUUACUGUAUCAAAUUCAGGGAAAGGGAGUGAAAUUGAUAGUAGUUUGGGGAGACAUAAGUUAUAUGUCAAGUUACCAAGUUUAGUGUCCGUUAACAAAGAAAACCAAGAAGCUGUGAUAGAAGAGGGCAGUUUGAAUUCCAUGGAAGUGAUGACCCCAAGUGCCUGUAAACUGGUAGAUGUUCCAGCUGAUUUUCAGAGAGCUCUGAAUGAGGAGAAUUAAUGACAAAAUAUAACAGCACAAGUGCAUGAAGCAAGGAGGUUGUAAACUAUCGGAACAGCGCAUCGACACGUUUCCAUAGACAGGGUGGUUGGUCACCGAGAACCAUGUCCGAAGUCCAAAGCCAAACAAUAUCAUCAGUUGACCCCGGCGUCUUUGUCUCCAUGCUCAGUGCCAGACACAUUUCUAUCAGACUGCCAGAGCCAUCAUACAGUUUUCAUUGGGUACAAGUUUGUCUGGGACAGAAACCUAAAUCGAAAUCUAGUUCUACAAGGUUCUAACCCAAACUUCCAGCAGUUACUAGUACACGUACAUUGUACAUACGCAUUUCCACGUAAUGAAUUGCAUUGCGAUUUAACUUCCUUGGAUUUUAAGAAACAGGAAGGGUUGCUUAGGUUGUAAUCAUUGUACAGUCAGUACUAGUGAUAGGUGUAUUUAUUUAAGUAUAGUAUUCUGACAUCCGUCCUUGAUUUAAAACCUGGUGCAAUUUUGUAUUUGUAUUCACUGUAUGUGGAGGUAGACUGGUUUUAUCUGUGAUUUUGAUUUGUUAGAUUUAUAUCGUAUUUAUUUUGCUCGGUGUCGGCAUAUCAUUGUGAUCUCAUUCUAUAACGCAGAUUGUGUAAAAUAAACUCAUUGACUUUUGGGAAUAUACAUGUAUAUUUAAAAAAAGAAUUUCAUGUGAUGACAAAUUUAAUAUUGAUUAUUUGACUUGUUGUGAGGUUGACACAGUUACACACGUGCUGUUGUGUUAUAAAUUUAAUAUUGAUUAUUUGACUUGUUGUGAGGUUGACACAGUUACACACGUGCUGUUGUGUGUUAUAUUGUAAUCUUUUCACUUGUUGGUACAUGUGCACUAUGUUAAAGGAGCAGCAGUGUAUUGUAUGAUACCCCACAAAUCUGUAUCAGUAUUGAUUUGAUUAAUAAUUAAGUGCGAGGUUCUGUUGAUUAGUGUGAGGACGGCACACACAUAGACACAAUGUCAUAUCGCAUAAUAGUCAUUAUAUUAUAAAUACUGGUUUCAUCUUGGCUGUGCCAUUUCAUUUGUUUUACACUAGUACUUUGUACACGUGAUGCUUUUUACACGUGAUGCUGUGCCGAAUUUUUCAUGAUUUUUUAUAUUUAUUGUACAGUAUGGGUACUCAUUGGUUUUUCCUGCUUUAAUGAAUACUCUUUAAUAUGUCCAGAGUAUGUGAUUAAGUCUCCAGUUUAAUGAAUACUCUUUAAUAUGUCCAGAGUAUGUGAUUAAGUCUCCAGUUUAAUGAAUACUCUUUUGAUAGACCCAGAGUACAAGUAUGCAACAGGUACUGUUUGAAGAAUUGUUUGAAGAUUUUAUCAGAACAUUUAUAUGGGUACCUGUAAGCUCAUGUUAAUUAACGUAGUGCAGGGAUCUCUAUCAUAAGAUCAGAAACAUGCUGUGACAAUUAGUUGUUUUGGUUCUAUAACUGGUUAAAUAUGUUGGAAUGUUUGAGAGAGAGAGAGAGAAAGAGAGAGAGAGAGUGUGUGUGUGUGUGUAAAGAAAGAACAUGCACUUCAAGACGGCAAAUUUAUGAUUUAGAACAAAAGGUUCUUCAACAUACUCAGUAAAAAACCAACUAUGAUUGAACCAGUACAGGUAUAGUUCCUUUUAAAAUAAUUAAGCAAUUCGUAUUAUCUGCGUAAUAUAUGAUACAGAAGAAUUCACACAGUAUCUGUCAACAUGGACUUUGAUAAAGUUAAUUUAUCCGUUUGAUGUGGCUGGAUCCACUGUGUUUAUCAUGAAAUUAGUGCAUAGUUCACGAUAUGUUAAUCACGAGGUCAUAUUUGUCCGGAAGAUUUUAUGGGUUUCUUUACACAAGAAAAUACAUGUAUAUGAUGAAUGUCUAUCAUAAAGAAAAUUAUUUUCUCAGGAAUCUUUUAGAUUUCAUGUUCAGUAUUUUACAGAAAUUAGUAUUAUUACUUUUUCUCUGCGUGUAUGAUUUUCGAAAAUGAAAAAUUAUGAAAGGGAAGGGAUGCUAUUAAUGAUUGUAAAUUUAGUAAGCUAAGCGAUAUAUUGCAUAUCUUUGGAAAUUUACCAGUAACAUGGUGUGGAAUGGAUAAAGACUCUACACGCAAAACUCUACUUCUCAUUGCGUCUUUCUAUUUUUGUAUGUCACAGAAACUAAGCACAAUAAAGGCUGAAUAUUAAAGAAA